AAAGACCGUUAGUUACAACAAACUUUUCUCACUUACCCUGUCCUGGUCCCUCUCCCGCGGGGAAGCUGAAGAGAGAGAAGUUGGAAAGAAGAACCCUAAAAAGAAGGGUUUCUCAUCCUCCAUUUUUUCGCAAUAAUUUCUCAUAUUUUUUGAGUCCUUCUCUCUCUUUCUCUCUCAAUUUUUUUGUUUUGGGGGUGGGGGGUUCUAAAUAGCAUGGAGGAGAUCCCAAGCGGCGCAAUGGCUGAGGCGGAUGGAUCAGGUGGCGUCGGAAACCCUAGCGGAGGAUCCCUCCGAAGAGGAGUUUUGCCUUGCGCUCCGCAAUGGACUCAUCCUCUGCAACGUCCUCAACAAAGUCAACACCGGCGCCGUCCCAAAGAUUGUAGAAAAUCCUGUUGUUACCAUACAAUCAACCGAUGGAGCUGCCCAGUCUGCAAUACAAUAUUUUGAGAACAUGAGGAACUUUCUUGUAGCUGUUGGUGAGAUGAAUCUCUUGACCUUUGAAGCAUCGGAUUUAGAAAAGGGGGGAUCAUCAAUUAAAGUUGUCGAUUGCAUCCUUUGUCUCAAAGGGUAUCACGAGUGGAAACAAGCAGGUGGAAUUGGUAUUUGGAGAUAUGGGGGGAUUGUAAAGAUAACAUCCUUAAAUAAGAGGCUCCCUUCAAGCUUGCUUGGUGGUGACAAAGGUCUGCACGGGCCACCUGACAAUUCUACUUGGAUACCUGACCAACAAUUAUUGGGAUUUCUACAUUUGCUCACUGAAGUCUUUCUUGAAGAGUCCAAAGCAGAUGGUAUUCUAAGCUCUCUCUUUGAUCAGUUUGUGCUCCAACUUGUACGUGCAUUUUUCACAGAAUGGACCGAGCUGGAGGACUUGCAUUCGAAUGAAAUGCUUAUUGAAGUCAUGCUCGAGCAUGCUUUUAAAGAGUUCUCUGUGCUGCUUGCAACUCAACGAAAUAAGUUAGAGUUGCUUUUGAAGAAAAUAAUAAAGGAUGGUGAUAAAACUACUCCAAAAGCAGAGUUCAGAGAAGCAGUUUUGAGGCAUCUUAAAGAAAACAGUGAUGAGAUGUCAUCUUGCUUAAAGAUUCCUAACAAUGGCCAUUUAAAUCCAGAGAAAGAAGAAAGAGUUGACUACCAACAGAAACAGUUGGAGAAGUUGAAAUUAUCUUUCUAUGAAAUGAAACUCCAAAUCGAAUCCAGUCGAAAGAAAUGGGAAGAAGACCUUAGAAGCCUUGAUCACCAAGUGCAAGCUCUUAAAGAUAACUCUUCUUCCUACUAUAAGUUGCUUGAGGAAAACCGUUUGCUUUAUAAUCAAGUGCAAGAUCUUAAAGGAAACAUUAGAGUGUACUGUAGAGUGAAGCCUUUCUUAAAGAAGCAUCCUGAUGAAAGAUCUGUUGUUGAUCAUAUUGGAGAAAAUGGAGACAUUAUAAUUGCGAAUCCUCAAAAGCAAGGGAAGGACGGAAGAAAGAUAUUCUCAUUCAACAAAAUAUUUGGAGUUAGUGCCACCCAAUCUGAAGUGUUUGUUGACACCCAGCCUUUGAUCAGAUCUGUGAUGGACGGCUACAAUGUCUGUAUAUUUGCAUACGGACAGACAGGCUCUGGAAAAACUUAUACAAUGAGUGGUCCAGACUUGACGGCGGAGGACACAUGGGGUGUGAAUUAUCGUGCUCUGGAUGAUCUAUUCCGCAUCUCAAAAUCAAGGGCGGAUAUCAUAACUUAUGACGUCAGUGUUCAGAUGAUUGAAAUAUACAAUGAACAAGUGAGGGAUCUCUUGGUAGCUGACGGCACAAACAGGAGACUAGAGAUAAGGAACAAUUCUCAACUGAACGGCCUCAACAUUCCAGAUGCAAGUUUGGUCCCUGUGAAGUGCACUCAGGGUGUUUUGGAAUUGAUGAAAAUUGGUCAGGGAAAUCGUGCUGUUGGAGCUACCGCCCUUAAUGAGCGUAGUAGCCGUUCCCAUAGUGUGUUAACAGUUCACAUCCAUGGGAAGGAACUAGUUUCUGGCUCUACCAUAAGAGGCUGUCUUCAUCUAGUAGAUCUUGCAGGGAGUGAGAGGGUGGACAAGUCCGAAGCUACAGGAGAAAGAUUAAAGGAAGCCCAGCAUAUAAACAGAUCACUUUCUGCUCUUGGAGAUGUCAUCUCUGCACUUGCACAGAAAAGCCCUCACAUUCCAUACAGAAAUAGCAAGCUAACACAAGUAUUACAACAUGCUUUAGGUGGCCAAGCUAAAACUUUGAUGUUUGUACAUAUAAACCCUGAAGUAGAUGCAUUUGGGGAAACAAUCAGCACACUGAAGUUUGCAGAGCGUGUGUCGUCGAUAGAGCUGGGUGCUGCUCAUGUUAAUAAGGAAUCAGGACAAGUUAAAGAGCUUAAAGAAGAGGUCUUUAGACUGAAAUCAGCACUAGAGAGUAAGGAAUCCGAGGUAGCUCAAUUGAAAGAUUUUAACCGUCGAAGUGCUUCUGAAGUGCGGCAUUCUAGAGCAAGAUCUCCUGCUGCUGUUGUCAUGACGUCAAAACCUGAAGAUAAUUCAUAUUUUGGAGGUGACAUUAGAAAAAUUGAGGUCCUAAGCUCAUCUUCAGGGAAACAGAGAACACAAUUUUCUUCACCAUUGUUGGUGAAAGAAAACGAUAAGUCACCAAUUAUUUUUGGAGAAUGCGGCAUGAACCCUAGAAAGGUAAGGCCACCAUCUCCUCAUGUAAGAAUCUCAUUAUCUGCCGAUAGGGCCAGCAUUUUAAAGAGCAAGCCAAAAUUUGAAAGCAUCAGCGACAAGCUGGUACCGAAGCUACAAUCUCCAGAGAAAGCGCCGACGAACACUUCAAACUCGACACUUCCAUCAGUUCUAUCGAAUAAGAGUUUGAGCAGAUACUGGUGCCCACAAGAAAAUGGCAAUGUGAAGGCGGAUUUGCCUGAAUUGGAUGAACAACAAGAGCUCAAGGCCGAGAAAGAUCGUAGUAGAAUAAAGGCCAUGCAUCAGAAACCUGAUGGAAUUCAGACUAAUAUGGAUAUGAGAAUAAAGGCAGGAGCAAGAAAGAUAAGUAGUGAUUCAUCUGAAACAGAAAACAAAGAGUUCGUCGUUGUUGAUUCCAUAUCAAAUGGUAAUUCUAAGGUAAAGAAGUUUCAGCGGCCCUCGACGAGGAUAUCCCAGAACAUCGAGCGCAGGACCAUACGGCGGGAAAUGGAGCAACUGUCGGAUGAAAAGCAUGAAAAUAAGCCCCCAAAUGCUGAAAAAACCAACACUUGUGAACCCGAAGGCAGGCGAAGUCGAUCUUUGUCUCGUGGAAAACUCAUACCAUCGUGAAAAUUUUAGGCUUCUUUAGUUAUAAGAAACUCGAGGAUUUCAUUUCCUUGAAGCUGGUAUAUUUAUAGGGAUCUCUUGUACUUGUCGAAAUUUAUUUAUAAAUUAGAUGUAAGCUUAUAGAUAAAAAUCUCACUAUGAUAUGCUGUGUAAGCUUAAAAGUACUAUAGGUCCCUACUGAUCUAAAGCUAAGCAUACAAUUUGUUUCUCUAAAGCUUCCCUGUAAUGCUUGGCCUGAA